ACAGACAAUCCGUGGCUUCUGAAAAAGACGGUGACCUCUGCGUGGGAAUAGUCGGGAUGGGUCACAUGGGGAAACAAGUGCUGCUCUCCAUCCUGAAGAAGACUAGUAUUAAACCAUCACAAAUUAAGAUCUCCACAAGACGACCAGAAUAUGCAGCUGUACCAGCAGGAGUUGAGUGUUUUUUUGACAAUGGCAGAGUGGCGGCGUGGGCAGAUGUUGUGUUCCUCUGCUGUCUGCCUUCUCAUCUGCCUAAAGUUUGUGCUGAUCUGCGCUCUCACCUGUCGAAGCACAGCCUGGUGUACAGCUUCACCUCUGCUGUGCCCGUCUCUAGACUAGCUCAGCUUCUUGGACACAGCUUCAUUGUCAGACCACAGAGUGACUUUGCAGCUUGGGAUUCUACAGAUGUGUGGCUGUCCUGCAUGCAUGUGACCACGGCUUUGAACAAUCCCUCUCUGAUAAGGGCAUCUUGUCCUCUUACAUCAGAUGGCAGCAUUUCUUCUGGACUUAACUUGGUGUGUGCAGUGUUGUACAGCCUGUUGAAUAUCUGCACCUCUGCUGGUCUGGGAUCAGGUGAUACUAUCUCCCUGCUGAACUGUCUUUUUAAAGAGAAAUGGUCUCAAACUGUGGAUUUAAAUGCAAAGAGUUUCAUCAGCUCAUCCUAUGCAUCCCGUCUUCUCACAGAUGAGCCUUUUCCAUGGAUUUCUCUCUGUGAUGCACAGACCAAGGAGACCCCGCUGCUUCGUUUUUUAUCCAGCAGUAAAUCAACACAGCAGUGCAUCUCUGCAGCGUACAAAACACUCCUGGAGGCACAAACACAACAGGACUAAAUAUUUUAUUUCUUUACCUCAGCUAAUAAUAUCAGUAAAACAUUAUAUGUUAUGUUAGAGUAAUUGUUUUAGCAAUUCUUUUAGAGGAAGUUUUCUAGCAAGGUUUUUAGAAUAUAUACUAACCUUUAUGUUAAU